CGUUUUCUUGUUUCAUUUUCUCUCGCCUUUCUUCUUCUUUUGGUCGGCGGUUCAGCAGCUCCGAUCUCUCUUUCCCCAAUUUUAUUCUCUUCGAGGCUUCGAUCCGAUCGAGAUCGAGAUCGAGAUCGAAAUCUCAAUCCAAUACUCUUGAAAAAUCUCUAGGAAGAGGCGGAGAGAGAGGGGUCAUGGAGAAUUUGAUCUCUCUGGUGAACAAACUCCAGAGGGCUUGCACCUCCCUCGGUGACCAUGGCGAGGAAAGCGCGCUUCCAACUCUCUGGGACUCGCUCCCGGCCAUCGCCGUCGUUGGAGGCCAGAGUUCUGGCAAGUCUUCAGUGUUGGAGAGCAUUGUUGGAAAGGACUUCUUGCCCAGGGGAUCUGGCAUCGUUACUCGACGGCCUCUUGUGCUGCAACUUCAUAAGAUUGAUGAGGGGCGGGAAUAUGCGGAGUUCCUUCAUCUCUCAAAGAGGAAGUUCUAUGAUUUUGCUGCUGUGAGAAAAGAAAUUUCUGAUGAAACUGACAGAGAGACUGGUCGCUCGAAGCAAAUAUCCAGUGUUCCAAUUCACCUUAGUAUAUAUUCUCCUAGCGUUGUCAAUCUGACUCUGAUUGAUCUUCCGGGUCUUACAAAGGUUGCGGUUGAGGGUCAACCUGACAGCAUUGUUCAAGACAUUGAGAACAUGGUUCGGUCCUUUAUUGAAAAGCCCAAUUGUAUUAUUCUUGCAAUUUCGCCAGCUAAUCAAGAUCUGGCUACUUCGGAUGCAAUCAAGAUAUCUCGAGAAGUUGAUCCUAAAGGAGAGAGGACAUUUGGAGUGCUAACCAAGAUCGAUCUUAUGGAUAAGGGUACUGAUGCAGUCGAUAUACUGGAAGGAAAGUCAUACCGCCUGCAGUUUCCAUGGAUUGGUGUUGUUAACCGGUCACAAGCUGACAUCAACAAGAGUGUUGAUAUGAUUGCAGCCAGACGUAGGGAGAGGGAAUAUUUUGCAAACACUCCUGAGUACAAGCAUCUUGCUCAUAGGAUGGGUUCUGAACAUCUGGGCAAGAUGCUGUCAAAACAUUUAGAACAAGUAAUCAAGUCUAGAAUACCAGGCAUUCAAUCCCUCAUUAACAAAAGUAUUGCUGAACUCGAAUCUGAACUUCAGCGUCUUGGAAAGCCAAUUGCUGCAGAUUCUGGAGGGAAAUUGUAUGCAAUUAUGGAGAUCUGUCGUAUUUUUGAUCAGAUUUAUAAAGAACAUCUUGAUGGAGUGCGCCCGGGUGGUGAGAAGGUAUACAAUGUUUUUGACAAUCAACUCCCUGCAGCAUUGAAACGUUUGCAGUUUGACAAGCAUCUUUCUAUGGAGAAUGUCAGAAAGUUAAUUACUGAAGCUGAUGGAUACCAGCCUCACUUGAUAGCCCCAGAGCAAGGAUACCGUCGUCUUAUUGAAUCUUGCUUAGUUAGUAUUAGGGGUCCUGCCGAGGCUGCUGUUGAUGCGGUUCAUGCGAUAUUGAAGGAGUUGGUGCACAAGGCUAUUAAUGAGACUAUGGAAUUAAAACAAUAUCCAACUCUUAAAGUGGAGGUUGGAAAUGCUGCUUUUGAUUCGUUGGAUAGGAUGAGGGAUGAAAGCAAGAAAGCAACUCUCAAGCUUGUUGACAUGGAAUGCAGUUAUCUCACUGUUGAUUUCUUCCGAAAGCUUCCUCAGGAUAUUGAGAAAGGCGGAAAUCCAACUCAUUCAAUUUUUGAUAGAUACAAUGACUCCUACCUAAGGCGAAUUGGCACUACUGUUUUAUCAUAUGUUAAUAUGGUGUGUGCAACCUUGCGGAACUCCAUCCCCAAGUCUGUUGUUUAUUGUCAAGUGCGUGAAGCUAAACGCUCUUUGCUGGAUCAUUUCUUCACAGAGCUGGGAAAAAAGGAGGCAAAACAAUUGUCAUCUCUGUUGGAUGAGGACCCGGCGGUGAUGGAACGUAGAACAGCUCUCGCAAAGCGACUGGAGUUAUAUAGAAGUGCCCAAACUGAGAUUGAUGCUGUUGCAUGGGCUAAGUAGAUGAUAAUACUAUAGUUUGUAUAAUUGUGUUGGUUUUAGCCACUUUUCUUGAAAAAUAGAUUUUAAAAAAAAAAGAAGAAAAAGCUGUGAUUCAUUCAUUGCCUACUACAGAGGAUGACGAUGAACAUUAAAUUUUAUCUAUGAGCUUGAUUACCAGGUUAUCUGCCACCAUAUUUUGUUUUGCCA